CGAAUCACGCUACACCCCUUAUCACCCGAGGAAGUUUCUCUAGCGGAACAUCCUGCCCAUGGGAAGGAGCCCGUAUACGUGGACAACUUUCCCGUAAUCUGCGGUUCAAGGGACGACCAGUCUUUCUGGCAUAUGUGCAGAGCUCGUUUUGGAGAAGAAGACGAAGUCAUGCUUUCCUGGUGGAGUGGAAGACUGACCGGACUAGGGACUCUUGCUGGUUUGCUCGUCGCUGCUAUCAUGGGCUUCCUCCCCGCUACCUUCGACACAACGACUGGAACCUUGUCCAUUCCACAAACCAUAUAGAUUCUCGCGCUCGAAAUUCUUUUGUUAGUUGUGGUACUCUGCGUCCCCGCUUCCCACGUCAUACAGCGAUACCGCCGUCAUAUGCCAGGUCCGAUGGCAGAUUUCGUCCGGGAACGCCAGCGCCGAUACGAUUCACUCAUCCAGAAUGGACUCCCAGCGCUCUUUUCUAUCAUGGAGCUUCUCGUUGGCUUGGCUGCCCUCCUCUUGCUUGGAGGAGUAUUGGUUCUCGCUCCCAACGGCUCGUCGUGGGCUGCUCUCGCUUUUAUGUCGUUGGGUGUGAUAGGCUCGAUCUAUCUGUUGCAUAUAUCUAGCACAUGGGAUUACCGGGACAUCCCUCUGCACCGAAACGUUUUUCAAGAAAUGCUCCACGAGCUGAGAGAGAUGAUCUCCCUGUCAUAUCUGUACCAUACGCCCAAAAGCAUUCAAGAAGCCGAAGUUGCGAAGCAGAAGCUCAACAUGCGAGUCUCCGUCUUCGUCGGUCUUCAUACGCCCGAUGUGGGGGAGCGAGAGCCUUGUUUACAAUCAGCGCAUGCCUUUGGUCCCAUGAACUGGCACAAUUUCAGAAUGUUCGAGGGGGAUCUCCGGGACUUGUCUUGCGGCCUCAUCACACAUCUCUUGGAAAGGACCAGCCCAGCCUUGUUGAAGCGAAUGGAGGGCCGUUCCAAACGAACCCGCAUCGUGCAUCUAGCGGCCUUUUCGACUUGGGUCAAGCCUACCCCAUUCCGUGUUAGAAAAACAAUCCCUAACUCUACGUAUGAGCUUGCCGAAGGCUCGAUGGAACAUCUUGCAGAUUGUUUCGCCAGGCUUGACUCGGAGAAGAACGAGUACGAUGAUCCCGAAGAUCCGCACAGCGGGAAGGAACACGCGCUCCUCGCUUGUUGCAUUAUCUUGCGCUCAAGCGUUAGAGAAGGCUUUCUUCAACAGAUCAUGAUUGACAGAUGGCUCGAGAACGCCAUUACCCUCUUGGAGCGGGUGUUCGGCGGGUCGCACAUUCAUCUGUUUGGUGUUUGUCUGGUGCUGGACACGAUCGCGUCGUUUUGUGACAUAUUAUACCACGGUCCGGUGACGAUGAACCAAGAGCAACGCGACAGGCUUAUUCCGAUAAUCGGCCGCUUCCUCAUCCAGCAGAAAA